CACCGAGUUUCCAACAACAGAGUGUUGCAUACCAAUACCUAUUGAACACAGUUAUAACUGAUAGAUAUAUUUUUAUAUUUUUGGUUUUUAGUUUACUAAUUUUAAAAAAUGGUACCCUGCAAAUUUGCAAAUGUGUUUGUUAUUGCCAUGUUUGUGGUAAUGUGUGCAUAUGUUGUUCAUCCUUCUUCAGUAGCCGACGGGCAUACUUUAACCAAGCGAUCAAACACGGAUGACGUACAAAUUUCUUCAAUAAUCGGUGGACAUACCUUAAACAAGCGAUCAGACACGGAUCAUGCAGCUGCAGGAGCUGCUACAGCCGGAGAUGUAAUAGCAGCUACCGGUGGUAUUAUAUCCGCAGGAGCAUUAGCAACAGGUCCAUUUGCACCUGUAGUGGCAGGAGUUGGUGGUGUGAUUGCUGCCACUGGAGGUCUGGUAUCAGUAAUUUCAAGGGCAGCUGAUCAAUCAUGUCGUGAAUUCGGUUGUCACAAAAACUACUGUUGGUCUUAUUGUAGUUUGGGAAAUCAAUGGUGCUACACAACCAAAACCUACUCUCAAAGUUAUAAUUAUGUCAGUUGUACAAAGGAUGAAGACUGUAACGGAUGCUGGAAAUGUGGAGGUCCAUGUACGUUGUAAACAAAUUAAUAAGAACGUUUUAAAAGUAUAUGUUUACAUACAUCAAUCAUAAUAUUUAUAAUUAAUAUAUAUAUAUAUAUAUAUAUUAGUUUCCUUAAUCAAAAUAUUUUUUGCUUAAAUUUCUUAAAAUGUAUACUGUCCAUUAAAUAAAAUAUAUUGUUUGUGCAGCUCAUCUGUAAAUGUAUUAAUAAAAAUAACAAGCUCGUGC